AUGGGGCAGAAGAGGAGGAGUGGUAGGCCGGCGAUGGCGAUUUUUCGGGAGAGAGAUUGGAUCGGGGAGAGGGCUGAGAUCUUCGUCAAGACCAUCACCGGGCACACUCUCACCCUCGAGGUCAAGGGCACCGACACCGUCGACAGCGUCAAUGCUCGGAUCCAGGACAAGCAAGGGAUCGCCGGCACCGCAUCCCAAGACGACCCGCGCCAGCUGCCGUCGCUCGUCUUCGCCGGGAAGCAGCUAGACGAGGAGGACGGCCGGACGCUGGCCGACUACGGCAUCGGCAAGGAGUCGACGCUGCACCACGUGCUCGGCCUCCGCGGCGGCUUCCGGCAACGAAGCUGCUACCCCAAUCACAUCAACCCCACCCUCCUAGCGCUUGCGCUCCGCUACAACGAGAACAAGAUGAUCUGCCGCAAGUGCUAUGGACGUCUUCCUCCGGGGGCUACCAACUGCCGCAAGAAGAAGUGCGGCCACACCAAUGACCUAAGGCCGAAGAAACGUUUCGAUGGUAGAGCAGGUUUACGAGGGAAAUAGUGACAUCCAUAUGAUGUACCUACCACAAAGCGACCAUAAGGACCGAUUAUAUAUGCUUCCCUCUGCUGCACCAGUGAUC